UGGAGUUUCAUCUGUUUUCUUUGGGUGGCUGUAUGCUGCUGCAGUGCGAGCUCCUGAAGGGAAAUGUCAGGGACAUGAGAGGGGACAGGAGCUGCCGGGUGCUACUUGUAGUGUUGUUUGGGAAACCAGGAAUGAAGAAACAAUGAAGCGCAGAGAAGCCUGAGAGAGCAGAUGGUCAAUUUUAGGAACUUUGUUUAAAAAUGGCUGUUUAUUUUCAGUCUGAGGAACGCAGUAGCUAUUCCUGAGGCACUGUGAGGGGCUUGUUGGUAACACAGGAGUGACCAGUGUGCUGCAGCAGCUUGUCCUGAGGAGAGGAGGCUGUCAGUUCAGGCUGAAACUGAAGGAAGGGAACAGAGCCCACGCAGUGAGGAAAUAACACCCUAAAUGUCUGGAAUAAAAACUGUGCAAAGCUGUACCUGCAUUAUGUGGAGCUGUAGAUCUGUUCUGCUCAGCUGAGUGGAUGGAUGUUUGGUAUAAAGCAACCCUGUGUUAUAAUACCUUAGAAAUGGAAUCCUUUGUUUGUCUCGCCGCCUGUUUGAGCCAUGAAUCACAGUGUCUUCUGGUCGUUAGUAAAACAAAACUUAAUUUGGCCUGGGCACUGCAGGGAUGAAACGUGAUUGGUAAUGCUGUCUACAUUCACUUCAGAUGACCAUAAAUCCCAGAUGAAGUCACUUUACUUCGUUCCAGACAAGGCUGAGUGCAGUGUGUGCUCUGUCAUGAGGAUCAGCCUUGCUGGUUGCUGGACAAAGUCCUGCUUAAUCUUAACCUGAAAGAGUAUGAUUUCAUGUGAGCAGAAGAACUAUUGGGUUUGAGCUGUUAGUUUAACUCCCAAGUUCUUUUGAAGUUUGUUGCUUAUGUUCACAGGUGAAAAAUUCAGAUAGUUUUUCUCUCCCCAGAUCCAACUACUGUUAAGUGAUGACCUCUCUGAUCUCUCAUUCUCUAAGGAGAGAGUUAUGUAAUGAAUUCUCAAACUGGAACCGAAGCUGUAUAAAUAUUUAACCGUCAAAAUUAAGUUUCUUUUAACUAUCACAUAGAAGGUGAAUAUGAUGCCAAACAGAAGUAACGCCUCGUCCUUUCAGAAUGUUGGUUCAGAUUCCAGUAAGAUUAUGGCAGAGUAUAGCCACACACAAAACCAGAUGGAAUUACAAAAUGCUAGUUUGGGAAAGGGUUCUGUGGUGAAUUCCCUUGAAAAUGGUCUCCAGGAUAUUAUGGAAAACCUCAACACGAAGAAAUAUUCAUCAAGUCUCAAAUUUAAAACAAACGGGGACUGUGCUGGUUCUUACUUAACCCUUUCACAACCUAUGAUGGCUAAACCCAGUCCUUCCACCAGUGUUAAAAAUAUACACUCUGUUACCAAAAUUCAAGGAGGCAAGCUCUUCCCUUGUGAAAGUCCGUAUCUUCCAGAUAAAAGCUUCUCUGUAAAGCAUUUGAGUUCCCUGUCAGCCACAUCUCCAUCCCUCAGUGGGUACAAUUUAGGAAGGACAGACUUUGAUAUUCAUGCCAACAGAGAAAAUGAAAAAGCUCUUGGACACACAGAUAAGUUUUACUACUCUAAGUAUAGCCAGAAAAACAAGUCGUAUGACAAUGUCUACUUGCCAGGAAUGCUGGACACAAAGAAGAUCUCAGGCUCUCUUCUUACGAUGUGGAAUGGCAGCUCAGGGAGUGAGCUGAUGCUUUCUCCUGUUAGCAAUUCAGGGGCAGCCAGCAUGCCUUCUAGUCCAAAACAAGGUCGGAGAAUGAAUAUUGAAGAUGGUCUGGCCCUUCAUGCAAAGCCAGUUAAACACAGGGAUGUGAUGAUGGAGACUCUGGCCUCACGCCCUAGGAAAUACUCCGGUGGAUCUCUAAGUCAUAUGGGAAUGUACAGCCGUUCCCUACCCAGGCUUCAUAAAUCAACCGAAAGCCAAUUGAUGCCAUUAAGUUUGCCCCCAAGAAACUCUUUGGGUAAUAUUAAAAGGAAAAAACUUGGAGAAAAGGAUCUACCUCAGAAUGCUUUAGAUGCUGAUAAUUACCUGAAUUUUUCUUCGUGCAGCUCAGGGGUUUUACCACAUGCAAAUUCUUUCUCUGGGAAUAAUCCCUAUGUUAGUUCAACUCUUAGCGUUCCUGCAAGCCCUCGAAUUGCUAAAAAAAUGCUUUUAGCAUCUUCUUCCUCGUAUAUUCCUGAUGAUUUUGAUAGACUUGGACUCUCAGGCACGAGUCCCAGUAGUUCAUUCUCCCCUGUGGAUUUUGACAGAUCAUUCUCUGUCAGGAGAAACCUCUCCACCAGUUCCAUGGAAUUUGAUGAUACAGACUUGGAAAGUUACAGACAGACACCAAACUCACUGCAGACCUCUGUGAGAGAGCGUAAGAACAGCAUCAGCUCCAUUUCAGGGAGAGAAGACCUCAUGGACUAUCACAGGAGGCAGCGGGAAGAGCGACUUCGGGAGCAGGAGAUGGAACGCUUGGUAAUUUCUUCUUUUCCAUUCAGUUUUUCAUGGCAGUUGGUACUUCCAAUUCUAUCCAUUGUGAGAGUGUAGCAAAGCAUACGCUGUUGUCUAUUGAAAUGUAAAUUUUGCCAACGUCAGAUGCGUUUUUUUAUUACUGUGGUCCAUGAAGCUAAUGAUUAAAUGGCGUACUACUCCAUUAGCUCAGAUGGAUUGUGCUGUUCAACCAUCUUAAAGAAAAAAAUAAGCUGGAGUAUACAUAAAUUGUGAUCAUUUAUCCUGUGGGCUCUGUUAAAACCCACAAGUUACACUGUAGGGAUCCAGCACUUUGGUUUUAAUUGAUGGCACAGCUUUGUGGUGAGUGAGUAGGAUGAACCCAUCUCCUGUAAGCAGCUUGGAGUCCUGUGUGCUGUGCUGUGAAGUCACGUAUACAUUGAUGUUGGUUCGACGUCUGUCAUCAACUUACCCUGCCUGUGGUUUCACCGUCUGAGUAUUUUCAUUAAAAUGCACCCAUUCUUGCUUUGCUUCUGCUCUGAAUGGAGAGGAGCAAAAUGGGACAGAGCUUCUCUCUCUGCAAGAAGUCUAUGGUCAACUAAAACCAUGUAUGGCCUCAGCCCUGCAGUACAUUGGUAGUGAGGUGUGACUU